GGGAGUUCGGGUCGGUGGUGGAGGGGUGGCUCAGCCAGCCUGAAGGCACCUCCCAGAAGGUGGCUGUGAAGACCAUGAAGUUGGAUAACUUCUCCCAGAGGGAGAUAGAAGAGUUCCUCAGCGAAGCAGCCUGCAUGAAGGACUUCGACCAUCCCAACGUCAUCAAGCUCCUAGGCGUGUGCAUCGAGCUGAGCUCCCUGCAGGUCCCCAAGCCCAUGGUGAUCCUCCCGUUCAUGAAGUACGGCGACCUGCACAGCUUCCUGCUCCGCUCCCGCCUGGAGAUGGCCCCUCAGUGCGUGCCCCUGCAGACACUGGUGAAGUUCAUGGUGGACAUUGCCCUGGGCAUGGAGUAUCUGAGCAGCCACCACUUCCUCCACAGGGAUUUGGCAGCUCGAAACUGCAUGCUGCGUGACGACCUGACGGUGUGCGUGGCAGAUUUUGGGCUCUCCAAGAAGAUCUACAGCGGGGACUACUACCGGCAGGGCCGCAUCGCCAAGAUGCCGGUCAAGUGGAUCGCCGUCGAGUCGCUGGCCGACCGCGUCUACACCACCAAGAGCGACGUGUGGGCCUUCGGCGUCACCAUGUGGGAGAUCUCCACGCGGGGGAUGACGCCCUACCCAGGGGUGCAGAACCACGAGAUCUACGAGUUCCUCUCCCGGGGGCAGCGCCUGAAGAAGCCCGAGGACUGUGGGGAUGAGCUGUAUGAAAUAAUGUCUGCCUGCUGGAGAGCCGACCCCGCCACCCGCCCGACCUUCUCCCAGCUCAAGGCCCAGCUGGAGAAGCUUCUGGAAAACCUCCCGGGACCAGGCUCUGGAGACGUCAUCUACAUCAACACCAGCCUGCCCGAGGAAAGCCCGGACUCCACCCAGGAUUCAGGAUUCCCCCAAGCAGACUCUGACCUGGAGCCCGGGGAUGGGGCCGAGGCCGAGCCCGGCUCCCCCGGCGCGGAGGCGGCACUGGUGGCCGUGGACAUCCACCACGACCAGCCCUGGGGGAACAGGUACAUCCUGGAGGAGCAGCUGGGCGGCCCCUCGGGGCAGCAGCAGCAGCAGGAGGAGGAGCAGGAGGAGGAGCAGGAGGAGGCCUACGUCCCACUGCUGCCCUCAGGCUCGGCCUGGACCCGGGCCAGCACUUUGCCCGUCGGCGCCUCGCUCCUGCCGGA